AUGGGAAAAGUUGGCGCCGGCGGCGGCUCCCCAGCCCGGCUGAGCGCGCUCCUAGCCGGCGCGGGGCUCUUGGUCCUCUGCGUCCCGGGCGCCUGCGGCGGCGGCUCCUGCUACCCCCAGCUAUCCCCCGGCUCGGCCCCGCGCUGGGCUCCUACCCCAGGUGGCUUCCCUCGCCAGGGGCCGCGAGGCAGAGCUGCUGCCACGCCCCUGCCCCUCCUUGGGCGCCCCCUGUUCGCAGUGGCCCCCGGAGACCGAGCGCUGUCCCUGGAGCGGGCCCCCGGCACCGGGGGGUCCGUGGCGGUUGCCCCACGCUCUGCCCGGCGGAGACGGAGUGAAGCGGAUCCUGGGAAGGCAGAACGGGGAGAGGGCGCGAGUCGAAGCCCCCGGGGAGUGCUAAGGGAUGGAGGGCAGCAGGAGCCUGGGACUCUGGAGCGGGACCCGGACAAAGCCACUCGCUUCCGGAUGGAGGAGCUGAGACUGACCAGCACCACGUUCGCGCUGACAGGCGACUCCGCACACAACCAAGCCAUGGUCCACUGGUCUGGCCACAACAGCAGCGUGAUUCUCAUUUUGACAAAGCUCUAUGACUAUAACCUGGGGAGCAUCACUGAGAGCUCGCUUUGGAGGUCAACUGAUUAUGGAACCACUUAUGAGAAGCUGAAUGAUAAAGUUGGUUUGAAAACAAUUCUAAGCUAUCUCUACGUGUGUCCCACCAACAAGCGUAAGAUUAUGUUACUCACAGACCCGGAGAUUGAGAGCAGCUUAUUGAUCAGCUCGGAUGAAGGGGCCACCUAUCAAAAGUACCGGCUGAACUUUUACAUCCAAAGCUUGCUUUUCCACCCCAAGCAAGAGGACUGGAUUCUGGCAUAUAGCCAAGACCAAAAGUUAUACAGCUCUGCUGAAUUUGGGAGAAGGUGGCAGCUUAUCCAGGAAGGGGUCGUACCAAACAGGUUCUACUGGUCUGUGAUGGGGUCAAAUAAGGAACCAGAUCUUGUGCAUCUCGAGGCCAGAACUGUAGAUGGUCAUUCACAGUACCUAACUUGCCGAAUGCAGAACUGCACAGAGGCCAACAGAAAUAAACCUUUCCCAGGCUACAUUGACCCAGACUCUUUGAUUGUCCAGGAUGAUUACGUGUUUGUUCAGGGGGAAGCAUGCAUCAUGGGAGCAAAGAGGAUAUAUAAGAAGCGAAAAUCAGAGCGUAAGUGUAUGCAAGGAAAAUAUGCAGGAGCUAUGGAAUCUGAACCCUGUGUCUGCACAGAGGCCGAUUUUGACUGUGACUAUGGGUAUGAGCGACACAGCAAUGGUCAGUGUCUGCCAGCAUUUUGGUUCAAUCCAUCUUCUCUGUCAAAGGACUGCAGCUUGGGACAGAGUUAUCUCAACAGUACUGGGAGGCUGGCGCUACCUGUCCUUAGUCCUCAGUCCUUGGUCCAGUGGCGUCUGAUUUCUCAGGUUCACACCAUGGAACCACAUGGUGAUGUCCAGAGGACACUCAUCCAAGUGGACUUUGGUGAUGGCAUUGCAGUGUCUUACGUCAACCUCAGCUCCAUGGAAGAUGGGAUCAAGCACGUCUAUCACAACGUGGGCAUUUUCCGAGUGACCGUGCAGGUGGACAACAGUCUGGGCUCUGACAGCGCCGUCCUGUACUUACAUGUAACUUCAGCUUUUUGGUCUCCGUUUCUCAGACUCUCCCGUAGAUCACCCACACCUUGCCCUCCUGGUCACCCUUUGGAUUCGUCCUCGCCCCCAAAAAUGAUCGUAUCCCUUGAGGGCUAG